CGCCAAAUGGGCAGACGUUGAACGGGAAGUGAGAUGUUACCAGUCACAGCGUAUAGUCAGGUGGGAGCAGACUGAGUGGGACGGUGACCAAAUGGAAGAGAAGAAGAGCAAGAGAAGAAGCCCCAAGAACUCCACGUCCCAGGCAGCUUCUACUAGUAACUUCAAGAAAAAUCCGGCUGUUAGUAAUAAAAGUACCGGCUUUUCCAACACGGGGGCGCAGGCGGCAAGCCAAAAGAGCAAGUUUAAAAGAGGCACAAAGGAGCGUCCAAAAACCCAGCCUACAUCAGGAAAGGGUGCCCAGCCUGGCACUGUACAACACUCCUUUCUGACUGAUGUUUCUGAUGUUCAGGAGAUGGAAAAGGGUUUACUUGGCCUCCUCAAUGACUUCCAUUCAGGAAAACUCCAGGCAUUUGGUAAUGAGUGCUCCAUUGAUCAGAUGGAGCAAGUACGUGAGAUGCAAGAGAAACUGGCUAAACUGCACUUUGACCUCUAUGGAGAAGUUGAAGAGAUGCCAGAGGACCAAAGAAAAUCGGAGAAAGAUGGCAAUUUAGAAAAGCUGCUUAACAAUCUAGAAGAACUGAGUUCCUCAAUACAAAAAUUACACUUGGCAGAUAAUCAAGACGUUCCUCGGACCUCAGCCGUCUGAAUGCACUUUCCAGUUUACAUGGACGAUAAAGUUUUGGUGGCUUUAUUAGUACCACAGAGGAUUAAACAAAAAAACCACCUCUAUAGCACUGCAGAGGACAAUGUGCAAUAUGACAUAACUUACUAUGUUGCAUUUAAGUUAUAUGUUGGCCUUUUAGCCAGAUAAGCUGGCUACAUUCUAUGCUGUGAAACCUUUUUCCAUUUCAAGUUGUCUUAAAUGCUGCCAUUAAAAACAAUAUUAUGCAUAUGUUUACCGGAGCUAUAUUAAGCCACUAUCACGUUUGCUGCUUCUGAUUGAAGUUUGUUUUUUUGCAAUUUUUUUUUUUUUUUUAUUGCAUAUUGACUUAAGAAAACUUAUUACAUUUUAAGUUUGUUCACUUACCAGUAUCUAUGUGCUGAAGCACAUACUGUAUUAAAUUUAGAAUUAUUUUUUGAAUUUUGCUGACACAUUGCAGUAAUUAAUUCCUUUGUAAAUACUUUUAAUGUACCAUACGUGUUAUAUUAUCGGCCCAUAUUUUUUUUAGUUAUUCAUGUUUACAAAGAAUAUAAUGUAUUUUCACCAUUUUAAUAUUUCUAUUAACAUAAUCUGAACUGGGAAGCACUGCUUCUGUAUCAUCCAAAUAAAGCCUUAUUUGACUUAAACUAGUUUACUUUUACUGACAGGAUUAAAAACAAAACAGAAAUCA